AUGGCUUUAUUUUCUCGUAGUCAGUUCAAUCUGCGACCAACCAGUUCAAGAGCGACAGUUCCAGACAAUGAUUUAGCUAAACUCAUGUAUUAUCUCAAUUGUGUAUUUAGUGCCAUAGAAUAUAAGGAUCAAGAUGUACGACGUUAUCGAGACUAUCGUAAUUGGUCUUUUCUGACCAAUGCUGAACAGCGAAUGGUUCUUGUGCUUGCCUUGGCUUUGAGUCCUGAUGAGUUCGAAGGAAAAGUAUUUUUCCACGCUGAAGAACUUUGUGGUGAUAGUAGUAAUAAAUUCUAUGAGCUUAGUGAAGUACGUCAUCAACUGUUAGCUGUUCAAUCAAUCAUCGUUGCUGGACAAACACGGCAAGUGAAGAAAAUUAUGACGUACUGUAUGUCAUGGAUGCGAGCAUAUUAUGUUGAGCCAGUGAAAGGACUCGCUGCUUACUUUGAACAACAGAAUCGAGCGGCUGCGGCUCGUGCGCUGAGUGCUAGAAGCGCACGAGCAUCAUACAAUCAUUCAAAUCCAUCGAGCGACGCUUGUGUUAUUUCAUAA